GCGUCGUCGUGAGCAAGCUGGGCUGGCUGCCGAGCUGAGCUGAGGCGGGUAGAUUCGCGCAGCGCAAGGCAGGCACGGAGGCACCCCUCUCUCGCAAGUCACGCACAGGAGAGGAGACGAUACGAGGGAGAUACUUGUGUCUCUCCCAGGACCUCGCGUCCUCGCCCACCACCAACUCCCGGAUUCUGCCAACUCCCGCCGCUCGCGCCGCGGCGCAUCAUUCCUUGCCAGCGGCCCACGCAAAUCCCAAAUCCCAAACCCCGCGCCGAUGGCCACCAGCCCCCAGCUGCCCGGACCCAGCCGCCCGCCGCGCCGUUCUUAUACGCCGCCCCGGCAGCCGCAGCAGCGGCUCGCUGCUUAAUCCGUUCGCGUUGCGUGCUUCCGGCUGAUUCGCGUGCGCAUCUUGGGGAGGGGAGUUGGCUGGCUGCCUGGCUGGCGGCGGGACUGGGGAGUGCGGCCUUGGCGGCGGCGGCGGCGCUGGGGGAAGGGCGGCGGAGAUGCUGGGGUCCGGGCUGAAUCUGGUGACCACGGUGAUCGGCUUCGGGAUGAGCGCCACCUUCAUCGUCUUCGUCUGCGCGCGCCUCAUCUGCGGCCGCGCCGCGCGGGCCGACGCCGACGCCGCCGACGCGACCGCGGUCGCCGCGGCGAGGGCGCUGGCGCAGCCACCCGCGCCCUUCGACUUCGACGUCGAGUUCCGCAACGUCGCGGAUCUCGACCGCACGAUUGAGCGUUCCCGCAGUGGGUUGGAUCCUUUUGCUGUUGCUGCAAUUCCUACAAUGAGUUAUAGUUCUGAGGCCUUCCAUUCAAAAGAUGACGCCCAGUGCUCAAUAUGUUUAGGUGAAUACAGAGAAAAGGAGAUACUUCGUAUAAUGCCCACAUGCCGACAUAACUUCCAUCUUGAAUGUAUAGAUGUAUGGUUACAGAAACAAACGACUUGCCCAAUAUGCAGGAUCUCAUUGAAGGACCAAGCUGGUGCAAAAUCUGCUGCAUCGCCCCUCCGUGGCCUCCCUCAACUGUUGGGACACCCGGAGAGCUCUGUCAAUAGAUCGCCUCAUUGGAUACUUCCAAUUCAUCGUGAUCGGACUGGUGGCAGACAAAACAGUCCAACCUCACAAGAGUCACUGGAGGUGAUCAUUGAAAUCCAGCCACAAAGACAUUGAGGGCAUGGAUAUACAGGGUGGAAACCAUGAGAAAUUGGUGAGGCUAUGCUGUUUUUGUCAAGCAUCAAAAGGAUCUGCCGUUGCAGAACCCAUGCUCAGCCUGUUCGUCCUGCAGCACAUUAGUUGGGUACAGAAUGAGAGCGCAUUCAUUUGUUUGGCCUGGUGUCUAGGCAUUCUUUGUACAUCUCGAGCUGUAGAUUAGCGACUUUCCUUUCGCCACGGCUGUGCGUGGUUCUUUCUGUGUUUUCUUUUUUUUUUUUAUGUGUUGUCGUUGUAUGUUGUAAAGAAAUGAUAUACUGAUCAGAUUCGGAGUUGCGAGAAUAUUUGCAGCGGCUCCGCCCGUCAAUAAAUCGUCAAUGCUCAAGGGAGCAUUGGCCCUUGAACCUGCACAAA